UUAGCUAACUAUAAUGACUCCACACCCCUCCCUUUUAGUGUUGAGUUCCAAGAUGGUGGAGUAAAGUUCUCGAAACCAUCUCGCUAGUUUGCUUAUGGUCGUAACUUAAUUCAGUUGAGGACAAACGGGUGUAAAGAGCGAGUAGCUGAAUCCAUUUCCACCAUGGUGUUCUUCAACUGUAACGCCUGUGGGCAGACUGUGAAGAAGAAUCAGGUGGAGAAACACUACCUGACUGUCUGCCGCAGCUGUGACAUGUUGUCCUGUCUGGACUGUGGCAAGGACUUCUGGGGAGAUGACUACAAGACCCACACACAGUGUAUCAGUGAGGAAGACAAGUAUGGAGGUAAAGGCAUCACGGGGCACAGGAUGACCAAGGGUGAGGCUAAGCAGGAUGCCUGGUUAAAACAAGUACAGAAGGCCAUGAAUGAUGCCAAUGCUUCUCCACAAGUAAGAAACCUGUGGGAGAGACUAUCACAGUAUUCCAACAUUCCCAGGAAGAAGGGCAAGUUCGAGAAUUUUGUGAAGAACAGCUUGCGGAUCCACAACAACCACCUGGUGACCCAGGUGUGGGAGGUGUUCUCUGCUGCACAGCAACAACAGAAGGAGCAGCAGCAGGACCAAGAGAAACAGAAGGAAUCAGAACAAAAAGAGAAAGAGGAAAUUUUAAAAGAACACCUGACAAAAGACAAAAACUUGGAGAAUGAUUCCAAGGAGGAGAGUGGGAAGGUCAGCAAACGGCAGAAGAAGGAAGAGAGACGAUUGAAGGCCAACAAAAAAGAGAAAAAGGACAGGUCUAAGGAAAAUGGUGAUACUGAGACAGAUACAAAGCAAAAGAAGCAGAAAAAGAGUAAGGAGACAGAAGAAAAUAUGUUGGAAAAUGGCACACUAGAGAGAAGAAAGAAGAAAAAAUUGAAGUCACCAAAAAAUGAAGAAUGUCAAUUGAAACAAGAUGAUGUCAGUGGUCCUCAAAAAUCCAAGAGGAAGAAGAGAAAACACCAGGAUCUUAAAGAAGAUACAUGUGAAGAGAAAGUUGCAGAAGAAGACAGUAAUACAGAGAAUGAGGAAGACCAACCAAAGAAGAAAAAGAAAAAGUUGGCACAACCCAAGGAGGAGCAAAAUGUCAAUUCAGCUAAAUUCCCAUGGGAAUCUGUUAUUAGUGCAGUACUUCUCAAGGCAGAUGAUCACCAGGUGUCUGUCAAGAAACUGACGAAAAAGGUGAUUGCUGAGUUCCAUGCUCGGGGAGGGGAUGGCAAGACAAGGACAGAGGAAAAAUUACUGGCAACCUUCCACAAGAAGGUCAACAAGAACCCCAGGUUCAAGGUCAUAAAAGAUAGGGUCACAUUGGUCCAGUGAUCUGUUUACAUAGCAUGUUAGUUAACACACUUCCUUUUUGAUAGAUAAAUCAGUGGUUCAUUUGUUAACACUAUUAGAGGAAUAUUAGGAAGCCCUGACAAUUGAGUGAAAGCAGGUCAAACAUGAAUUUUUUUAGACCUAAACAAUUCUUCACAUUUUGUAAAAGGUAAGUUGAUAUUAUCAGUGUUUCUAAUUGUUUUUAAUGUUGAUUAAGUUACCUGGUAAGUCCUACAUCCUUUUUGUAAUGUUUUAUGAUCUUCAGUUCUAUUGAAGUAAUUUUGUACCAUACAGUAUAGCCAACAUUGGGAGCCAAAUUCUUAUGCACUUGUUGGUUGGAACAAUAUGGAAUAUUUCCAUUUUGCAGAUUAAUAAGUAGUUUGUAAUCAUUUUCCGAGAGCAGACUUCAUAAAUAAGGAGAAAGUAUGAUUGUUAUGUUGAUUGGUGUCAAUAAAACAUUUCAAUAUUAAGA